GUGAUUCGUCACUCGAAAAUUCGUCCGUCGUAGAACCAGCGAUUUUUCAUCAUGGCUGCUGCUCGCCCCGUUGUGUCCGUCCUCUCUGUCGGUGAUGACGCCGUCAAGGUUGUCUCCCAAGUCGCCCUCCCCGCGGUCUUGACUGCGCCCAUCCGUCCUGAUGUCGUCACCUUUGUGCACACCAACAUCAACAAGAACAACCGCCAAGCGUACGGUGUGUGGAAGAAGGCUGGCCAUGAACACUCCGCCGAAUCGUGGGGUACCGGCCGCGCCGUCGCCCGUAUCCCCCGUAUCUCGGGUGGUGGUACCCAACGCGCCGGUCAAGGUGCGUUCGGUAACAUGUGUCGCUCGGGUCGCAUGUUUGCCCCUACUCGCAUUUGGCGCAAGUGGCACCGCAAGAUCAACGUGAACCAACGCCGUUUCGCCGUUGCGUCCGCGUUGGCUGCGUCCGCCGUCCCUGCCUUAGUGUUGGCCCGUGGUCACCGCAUUGAAAAGGUGCAAGAAAUCCCCUUGGUGUUGGACGACUCUGUCGAAUCGACCCAAAAGACUUCUGCUGCCGUCAAGAUUUUGGCCAAGAUCGGCGCUGACUCGGAUGUUGAAAAGGUCAAGGACUCCAAGAAGUUGCGCACCGGUAAGGGCAAGGGCCGCAACCGUCGCUACACUUUGCGCAAGGGUCCCCUCUUCGUGUACUCGAACGCCAACGGCAUCGAAAAGGCUUUCCGCAACAUUCCUGGUGUGGAAUUGAUCAACGUCGAACGCCUCAACUUGUUGACGUUGGCUCCCGGUGGACACGUCGGCCGCUUCAUUGUGUGGACCAAGUCUGCCUUCGAAAAGCUCGACUCGAUCUACGGCACUUACGCCAAGAAGUCGACUGAAAAGAGCGACUACUCUUUGCCUCGCCACGUCAUCUCGAACGCCAACUUGGGCCGUUUGAUUAACAGUGACGAAAUCCAAUCCGUCGUCCGCGCCGGCAUCUACAAGGGUCACCGCCGCCACCAAAAGAAGAACCCUCUCAAGAACUUGGGUGCCAUGGUGAAGUUGAACCCUUACACGUUGGUCGCUCGCCGCACCGAAUUGCGUGCCGAAGCCUUGCGCAAGGAACGCAAGGCCGCCAUCGUUGCCGAAAAGCGCAAGAUCAAGACGACCAAGAACGAUCCCAAGCGCAAGGCUCAAUCCAAGGCUUUGUUCGCCAAGAACGCUUCGGAUUAAGUCAGAGAAAGCGACGUGUCGUCGAGAGCAGCACCUGGUUGUGGGUUAACAUAGCUAUUUACUCGAAUAAAUGUGUUUUCCACA